GACUGACAGAGGCUUUCAGCGAGGGAAACUGAGGCAACACACAACUAGGAAGUGCGGCACGGGAUCGACUGGACACCUACAAUCAAACUGAAGCUUCUGGAAGUGAAAUGACCAGAUUUGAAGGUUAAAGUGAGUCGGCUGUGCGCCUCUCCUCGUGCGCUCUCAAGACGGAUCUCCAAUGCCCAAAGAGUGCAGGAGAAAGAGCUCCAAGGACCUCGGGCUUUCUGGGAGCGGAUUAAUUAACGAGGGGUCGCGUUCAGAGCGAAGGACAGCCGGAAAGGCGCCCCAAAUCUGCGAUGAUCUCGUUCAGAAAGCCGCACCGUCAACCGCAACCGGAGCGCCGACUGUGAUGGAUGCGCGCCGGGUACCGCAGGUCACCAUCACCCCGGAGGGAGGCGGCUCCUCCCGGGAGAUGCAGCAGGAGGACUGGGAUGAUGCUGUGGACGGUACCCUGCGCAGGAAACUGUCCAACUCCUCCAUCUCCUCCACGGGCUCCUCCAUCGUGGAGUCCGAGGAUGAUUUGCUGAGCGACAACGAGAGCAAAAGCAAAGGCAUCAUCACUUUGGAGCAUCUGGUGGACAGCGGAGAGAGCAAGCCGUGGUGGAAGUUGAAGACGUACGUCCAGUGGCCCUUCAGUGCUACACAGAGAAGAAAACUGAACUGGGUUCAGCUAGCCGGGCAUAAAGGUAACUUCAAAGCAGCAGACGAGGGAAACAUCCUGAAGAAGUUCUCAGAGAAUGAGAUGCGUUGUUUUGAGAAGCUGAGGGAAGAUGCGCUGCUCUCGUACGUGCCGGGUUAUCACGGCACUGUGGAAAAAGACGGAGAGUCUUUCCUUCAUAUGACUGACCUGCUGGCGAACUUUGACCUUCCCAACGUCAUGGACUGCAAGAUGGGAGUGAGGACGUACUUGGAGGAGGAGCUGGUCCGGGCGCGGGAACGUCCCCGGCCGAGGGAAGACUUGUACAAGAAGAUGGUGGAGGUGGACGGUGAAGGGCCGAGCCCCGAGGAGCAUUCCCAACGAGGCGUCACCAAGCCGCGCUACAUGCAGUGGAGGGAGAGCAUGAGCUCCACCAACACGCUGGGCUUCAGGAUAGAAGGGAUCAAGAAAUGUGAUGGUACGUGUCGGACUGACUUCAAGAAAACCAGAUCGAAGCAGGAUGUCAUCCAGGUGUUCAAGGACUUUGUUGGAGGGAACAUCAACAUCAUAAAUUCUUACCUAAGCAGACUGACGGAGAUCCGGCAGGCUCUGAAGAAGUCGGAGUUCUUCAAGCAGCACGAGGUGAUUGGCAGCUCCCUGCUCUUCAUCCACGACCACACGAGCAACGCACAGGUCUGGAUCAUUGACUUUGGAAAGACCACGGCGUUACCUGAGGGUCAGACGUUGAGACAUGACAUCCCAUGGCAGGAAGGCAACCGGGAGGACGGCUACCUGUGGGGGCUGGAAAACCUCAUCCACACUCUGGAGUCUGUGAGCAACGAGGGGAUGAGUGGAGAGACCUGUUGCCUGGUUACCAAAGAAAACAGCCAAACUACAGCAACACAUGCGCAGUGACCUUUGACUUGUAGAUGAGUGAGAGAAAGAAGUCAAACUAUUUUAAUGGACACCACGGAGUGAGAGCCGGAGGGAGGUUUCAUAUACAGGAGCAUCUCAAUAAAUUAGAAUAUCAUAGAAAAGUUUAUGUCAGUAAUCCAAUUAAAAAAGUGGAAAUAACACAUUAUAUAGAUCCAUUGCACACAGAAUGAAACACUUCAUGUCUUAAUUUACUGAAUUUCUUCUAAUUAUAAUGAUUAUGGUUUACAUUUAAUGAAGACCUUCAAUUCAGUGUCUCUAAAAAUUUUAUAUUACAAAAGACCAAUUUUAAAAAGUGUGUUUAAUAUGGAAAUGUUGGCCUCUGAAAAGUAUGUCCAUCUAUAUGACUCAAUACUUGGUUGGGGCUGUUUGACUUGAACUACUGGAAUUUUUUUCCCUUUUCCAUCAUAUUCUAAUGUAUUGAGAUGAUCCUGUCUGUAGAUUCGCUUUGGGUGGUCGGUGAUGAGCAGGAAUGUGACGCGAAAGAACAUUUUGUGGAGCUCCAGAAGAGACACGAUGGACAGAGAGGAGCUGAGAGUUCAUCACUAUAGUAACUGAACGAUUGAGCAAAUUAACUGACACUAAUUCAACUUCCUACAAAAUGAACAGAAGUGAAAGUGUAGGGAUUCUGCCUUUCAGUUUCAGGGACGAGUUGUUACAUGUGAAAUAAAAGCUAAUGAAAUAAAAAUGAAAACAAGGAAUUACCACCCAACCCUCAGCCCUGAUGUCACACCUGUAAGUGUGCAUUAUGAAACACACACACACACACCUAUGACACACACCAUGUAGUUAAUAUAGUAUGAAUAUGAUCUGUGUCACUGUUCUGACAAACUCUUAUAUGUAUAUCAAUUUCUUCACUGAUUUUAUUCCUGUAAUCAAACUUGUAAUUAUUUUCAUUUCUUUGUUGAAGCACAUUUUUGGUCUUGUUGUGCAAAUGAAGUGAAUGCAGUGGAAUUAAAAAGGGCAAAUACUGUU